ACAAGCAGCCUUUUAAUCAGUAAGUAGUUACUUUUUUGUCACUAGAAAAACCCACUCGUUCCGGAAGUUAAACACUACACCGAAAAUUGGAUACUGGGACAUAAAGAAAACUUAUUUUUAGUCGCGUCAUUGCUGCGAAAUGUAUGGUCCUGGCGUAAAAGUUGGCUACUGGCAGGAGACUGCCCUACAAGAGGAGAUGCGCGUGAAAGACAUGCAACAGGGUGGAAACACCCUACUGGACACGACGCGCGCCGCCUAUAAACACUUCUAUCAGGACACCAUGCUGGGGCCGCCGCAGGAGGUGGUCGCUUUCGGGGUUACACUUCAGGUGCGGCCCGUCAAGAUCAGCAUUUGCCGCCAGCAGGUGGUGGAUCAGAACCUGGCCCUUUCGGUGAUCAUCACCCAUGAGGGCAUGAUCCGCAAGUGCACCACCAUCAACGAGAUGUGCGACUUGACGGUGGCACCUUCGCCACGUUCCACGCUGCGUAGCAGCUUCCGUAUUGUCAGUCCCGACGAUGAGGAUCGAUCCGGCCAGUGUCUGGGCUAUGGCGAGAAGUUUCGCCUCCAGACCCUGGAUCCUGUCGAUGAGCCCAUGUACUUGUACAGCGGACCCAAGCGGAUGAAUCUGUCGCUGCCGGUGGACACGGGUCGGUAUACAACCAAAAAUGGCGAGCUAACGCUGCCACUGGGCGUGGUUUCUAGCAAGAACUGCGGUCCAUAUGCCCGGGUGCCCGUUUCCCACACCCACUUCUAUUGCGCCCACAAGGAUCCUGAUCUGCGUUACGAGAGCGAGGGCAAAACCAUUCCUGUAAACGAGCCCGUGAUUAUUGUUCACGCAGUGACAAACCAAAAUCUGGCAGUGGAACACGUCCAGGCGGACACUCCCUUUGGUCCCGAGCUUCAGGUGUCCGUGCAGACUUACAAGAACGUCUACAAGCGGGAGACCUGGAAGAAUCUGUGGAAGUUCUGUUUUUAAUGUCGAUUCCCUUCCAUAUUUCAUACAUUUUAUGUUGAAUAUAUGCAGUAUCUGGUACCUGUUGCGGCAUCCGAAAUGACGAUGUCAAAUGAGCUGUUGCAAGUUCGUCUGUUUGUAAAGCAUGUCAAAAUAAAAGACCCGUUCCC